AUGAGACUCACGUACCCAUUCGUUCAGCUUCUGGCGCUGUACAAGUUGACUUUAGCCUCACCAUGCAAGCCUUCUUCUCAUACCUCCCAUUCAAUUACAUCUCUCAGUACCUCCGUCACUAGCGAGGCUGGGACGACCAGUAUAGACAUAUUGCCGACAACCUCAAUAACAACGGAUUCUGCCAUAUUUACGACCUCUUCUUCUAGUGUCCUUUCCGUGGACACCGAGUCUGUCACAUCGACAGCCGCCCAUUCAUCGCCUGUGGUUGAAGAGACAGAAUCAUCGACCGUAGCCUCUUCUGAAACAACAACUAUUGCCCAAAGCACUACGAUAACUGAACCUUUGGUCUCUACAAGCUCAGCUGUAAUUUCGACUGAGACAUCGACUGACGAAAUAUCUACCACUACAACAUCUGUUGAGCAACAACCCACCAACUUAAUUCGCAACCCCGGCUUUGAAGACCUUACCUUCGCUCCCUGGGAGACAAAGAAAAUAGGAGAACGAGGGUGGCUAUCCGUCCGUAGCGACACAUCUCGCCCAGGAUCACUACAGUGCGGCGUUUUCGAUUCUUCAAUUUCGCCUUCAGGAGGACUCAGGCGCAGACUUAUCCAACCGUAUAGUUGGUAUGUCAAGCAAGAUAUUGACCCUUCCAAAAUUAUCGCCGGAAAAGAGUAUCGCUUUUCAAUUUUUCUAAAGACCACAGCGUCUAGUAGUUGUGGUGUCCCGCGCUUAGGAUGCAGUGCCGGAUCAACCCCAGCUGGAUCGGCGGAGUUCGGGGGGCCUUUGAGUACAUGGGCUUUGGGAGUAACUAGCUGCACUUGGAGUGAAGCUCAGCUCGAUGCUGGAGCCUCCGUUUCUGUGGCGAUUGUCUGCGCCUCUGUCACUUUCUAUCUUGAUAAUGCUGUUUUGAUAGAAAGAGAGGCAUCGCAGUAUUGA